UCGAAAAGAACGAGGUUUGUUUCAUAGCUACAAUAAUAAUUCUACACGGAAACAAGUUUUCAUGUAGUUUCUAUUGGGAAUGCACAUAAUAUUUUUCCAUUAACAAAACCAAUGAUAUCUAUCUGAUUUCACAUAACAUUCAUGUGAUCACAUGAUUUCUAUAUGAUAAAUCACUUAAAUUGCAUUUGACACAUAAGGUUCAUGUGAUUUUGUGGUGCAAUUCCCAAAUAUGAUAUCACAUGAAAGUUAUGUGAAAUUCUAAUGAAUAUUUUCCAUUGGAUAUGUGAUUUAUUCUAUGAGUGUAGCUAGAGCUGGAAUUAGGUAAAGCCCUACAGUAAAAGUAUGGACGACUGUCACCACAAAACUGAACAAAGCUGUUCCAAUCGACCAAAGCGGUGCAUUUUGACGGUUCGAUUGGAACAACUUUUGACAAACGUCCAUACUUUUACUGUAGGGCUUUAGAAUUUGGCGUAACAGCUUUUGUAAACUAUCACUUCUCUCGAUGAUUUCUCGCCUAACUUUUCAAAAGGUCCUAUCUAACAUUUCACUCUUUUCGAGAAAAACGAGGUUGAAGAUUGACAAAAUCUUUUUUGAUACUAUUUUAAACCAAAUCAACUUUUGACAUUUUUAAGACCUUUAAUAGUAAAAUGCGAUAGUAAAAUUGAAAUUGAAAUUAUAAUCUACCCGUUUCAUACAUUUUUUUCUAUGAAAACGUGAAAAAUGUUACAUAGGACAUUUUGCUCUUGUCAGGUGUACAUUGGACAUGUUAUAUAGGACGUUUUGUUAUAAUCACAGUUACAUAGGUCAUUUAUGUUUUCAACAUUAUUUGUUUGUUUUUAAGCAUUAUGAGUGCAUAAUUUAAGUUAUACGAGCUAAACGAACAAUAUGAGUAUUGGACAAUGCAUCAACUUUUUUUUAACGGUAUAUCGCAACACUGCCCACAGAUUGUUUUGGUCGAUCGUUGGUGGUAGCGUGAGCUGCUUUUUAUUUGAUAACAGUGUUUUUUUUAGGGGCUGUUCACUAACUACGUAGACAGCUUUUCGGUAUGCUUAACCCCCCUCCCCAUGCGUAGACAAUUGUCCAUAUACAUGUUCCGUCUCCGCCGAAAGUGAACCAACCAUCUUGACAAUCGCCGCUGACGAACAGCGACAAACAACACUAACCAAUCAGCGACGUCCAUAUCACCAUGCGCAGACAGCGCGCUCCUAUAAAAGUGGCACCCAUUAGGCAAACUGACAUUCAGUUUCCUUUUGACCGGCCACGAGCAAGCAUCAGCAACAGAAGGAAGCAAACCUUUGUAGAGAGAAAGAGUAGAGAAAUAAAGUAGUUACUAGCGUAGCCGUUCGCCCUUUAAAUAAUUACCAAGCACACAUCCCUGGUUCGGAGCAAGCGUUGAAACCCAUCCCCAGCUCUUUUCAGAGCUCAAAGAGAUUGAUUUAGAUCGACGCUUGCCUCCUCCACCAAUCAUUGCCGAUACAGUCCACUGCCGAAAGGGAAAGUGCCUUUCCAGACCGAACAUCAAUUUGGUCCAUCACGAACCGGAUACCGAACCGUUUGAAGAAGCUUUCGCCCGAAAGUUUGCCCAGUCCUACCAAAAGGAUCGAACUGCCUGCCGCCUUCCGAGUGGGGAAAACGGACGAGCUACGCUAGCAAACAGUGCCAAAACAAAACUGCUUCCGCUGUUGCCGAUGCCCGUCGUGCGCGAAGCAUAGCAAGUGAAUCGAGUUCGUGUGCGCGUUCGCGACAAGUUAAAGACAAAGUGAUUUCGUAAAAAUACGAAAAUGCCUAUUACGCGUUCGUCGACACGCGAUGGUGUGCAAGAUGCUGGUGCGACUCGCGAUGGCGUGCAAGAUGCUGGUGUCGAACAGCAACAAGGAAAUCCGUCACCAUCGGAUGGAUCUGGAUCGUUCCAUGGAUUCGACGAAUGGGAAGCCGACUGGGAUGAAGCUACAGCAAAGAAAUAUCGUGGAUUGGUUCGCCAGCGCUCCCAAGCGAAAAUGAAGUUGGUGCGGAUUAAUCGGACGUUGAUCAAUGAGACGCUUGGAUUGGCACAACUUGGUGUGCUAUCCAAGAACCUGGCUGUUACCUACGCUGAGUACAGCCAAUUCCACAGCAAGGUAAUAGCCCUGGUACCCGAUGAAGCGCUCGAUGGACAGGAUGACGAAUACGCAAGCUUCGAGAAACUGUACUACGACGUAUCCAAUGCUGUGGAAGAGUUACUGCUAGAGGCAAAAGCUCGAGCCACUUCAAAGGUUCCUCCAGCCAUUCCAGCAGCACCUCACGUGAUUAUCCAGCAGCAACCGUUAAAAGCACCAAUCCCAACGUUCGAUGGGAGUUACGACGCAUGGCCCAAGUUCAAGGCCAUCUUCCAGGACCUGAUGGCCAACUCGGGGGAUACAAAUGCCAUAAAAUUGUAUCACCUCGAUAAAGCUCUUAUCGGAGAUGCUACUGGAGUUCUGGACGCUAAGCUCCUAAGCGAGGGUAACUACGAGCAAGCUUGGACCAUUUUAACGGACCGAUACGAGAACAAGCGAGUCAUAGUGGAAACUCACAUCCGUGGGUUGUUGUUCCUCAAGAAGAUGACGUCGGAGUCUCAUAAGGAACUGCGAACACUGCUGAACGAAGCCACUCACCACGUCGAAAGUUUGCGCUACCUUCAGCAACAAAUCACCGGAGUUUCAGAACACAUCAUUGUGUAUCUGAUAAUUUCAGCACUUGAUAAAUCGACCCGUAAGUCCUGGGAAGGGGCCCAGAAGAAAGGAGAUCUGCCGAAGUAUUCCCAAGUCAUCGAGUUCCUGAAAUCCAGAUGCCAGAUACUGGAAAACUGCGAAGCAGCGUUCCAGUCAGUGCCGCCAACAAUCAAGCCAAAACAAGCCCAGCUACCUUCAAGAGUUCAGCCGCAGAAGAGCCACGCAGUUUCCACCAAUGCGUCCCAAGCAUGUGAGAUUUGUGGUGGUGAUCAUCGGAACUUCCAGUGCACUGCCCUGAACAACCUAACCGCUUCCCAGAAGAACGAAAAGAUCCGAGCAGCAGGAGUCUGCUUUAACUGCCUGCGCAAAGGACACCGUUCCAAGAACUGCCCUUCAAUCAAGACGUGCCACAAGUGUCAGCGCCGACACCACACGUUGCUCCAUGAAGAUGGGGCACCCUCCCAGGAGAAAAUGUCAAACAUUUCUCUUCCCGCGGAAUCUAUGGCAAUCCCGCCACCGGUUCCGGCUGCUCCGAGUCAACCGUCGACGUCGGUGCAGAAGAUUCUUGCCCCCGUGGAACAUCCUGUGUCCACCACCUGUUCGUCAAACUUCACCCAGUCGACCAAGACGGUACUGCUGCUUACCGCAGUGGUGCAGGUGUUUGAUAAGAACAGUCAUUCCCAUCCAUGCAGCGUCCUGUUGGACAGCGGCUCCCAGGUGAAUUUCGUGACCGAAGACAUGGCCAAUCGCCUGGGUCUGCCGAAGAAGCCAGCCAACGUUUCGAUCACCGGUAUCAACGCGUUGCGCACCCUCGCUCGUGACAAGGUGACGCUGAAAUUCAAGUCCCGAGUAUCCAACUUCCAAGCCAGCCUCGAGUGCCUAGUGACGCCGAAAGUAACGGGCACAAUUCCAUCGUCGAAGAUCAACAUCAACAAUUGGGACAUCCCUGCUGGAGUGGUUCUUGCCGAUCCAGAGUUCCACACGCCCGAUAAGGUGGACCUGUUGAUCGGCGCAGAGCUGUUUUUUGAUAUACUGAAGCCAAGCCAACUCAACCUGGCGGACAACCUGCCACAGUUGCGAGACACUCACCUUGGGUGGAUCGUAUCUGGUGUCAUCGUCGAGCCACAGAUUUCCAACGUAUCAGUUCAGCAUGCCAGCCACGUUUCUCUUGAAGACAUCGAGCGAAAGAUGUACAAGUUCUGGCAAAUCGAGGAAGUGCCGGACGUACCCAAGUUAUCAACCGAGGAGAUGGCAUGCGAAGCACACUUUCUGUCCACAUACCAGCGUGACGAGUCCGGAAGAUUUAUCGUGAGCUUGCCGUUCAACGAAAAUUCUUCGCAGCUGGACGAUUGCCGUGCUUUAGCUCUGAAGAGGUUCCUGAUGCUGGAGAAACGACUGAUGAACAAUCCCGAACUACAAGCGCAGUACGUAGAAUUCGUUCGAGAGUACGAGGUUCUCGAACAUUGCCGUGAAAUCAAUGAAGCUGAUGAUCCUCCCAACCAGCAGAGGUAUUAUCUUCCACAUCACAUCGAGCACAAAAUGUCGUGUCGUGUUCGAUGCAAGUGCCAAGUCGUCAUCCGAAAAGCUGUCUUUAAACCAAGUCCUGCAAGUCGGUCCUGUGGUGCAGAAUGAUCUGCAUUUCAUCGUCCUACGCUUCAGAAAGUUCAAGAUCGCCUUUUCUGGAGACGUUGCCAAGAUGUACCGGCAGGUACUGCAAGCACUACAAGAUCGACGUUUCCUCAGAAUCUUCUGGAGACCACACCCGUCGCAGAAGCUACGGGUUCUGGAACUGUGUACUGUUACCUACGGUACAGCAUCCGCUCCAUACCUCGCAACAAGGUGCCUGGUACAGCUCGUCGAGGAAGAAGGUGAGUUUUUUCCUAUCGCCUCUCGCAUUGUAAAGGAGGAGACGUACAUGGACGAUGUACUGUCCGGCGCAGACUCGGUGGAAGAUGCAAUCGAAGCUCAACAACUAUUGAAGCAGCUCCUAGGACGUGGUGGUUUUCCGAUACAUAAAUGGUGCUCGAACUCCAAAGAAUUUCUCGAGCGCAUUCCCGUGGAAGACCAGGAAAAAAGGGUACCGUUAGAAGAACGUGAUGUAAACGAAGCUAUCAAGGUCCUUGGCUUGCUCUGGGAUCCGAAUGCCGAUACGCUGUACAUUGCAAACCAUCCGAAGCUACCGCCGCCAUUACAACAACGUGUUACGAAGAGGGUAAUGUAUUCGGAGAUAGCCAAAUUCUUCGACCCUCUUGGGCUGGUCUCUCCAGUCAUCGUAUUGGCAAAACUAAUGGCUCAACGGUUGUGGCAGCUCAAGGUCGGAUGGGACGAUCCGAUUGAUGAAGACACGGCGCAAAAGUGGCAAGAACUUCAAGCUUCGUUGUCGCAUUUGCACAACAUCGCCAUCCCAAGAUGCGUGACAUUCCAAGGAGUCGUCGCGUUCGAAUUGCACGGGUUCUCCGAUGCCUCAACAGUGGCGUACGGGGCCUGCAUCUACCUACGAAGCCUGUUCAACGAUGGUUCAGCGAAGCUCCGCCUACUGACAAGCAAAUCCAAGUUGGCCCCUCUUCACGAUCUUUCCAUCCCACGAAAAGAACUUUGUGCCGCUCUCCUGCUGACACGAUUAGUUCUGAAGCCUGGAUCAAGAAACCGCUCAACCAACUCCUAUUAUUCGUCCGAAACCGAAUCGCUGUAAUUCAAGAACACACUGGUGGAUUCCGGUGGGAGUACGUUAGAUCGCUGCAGAACCCUGCCGACAUCGUCUCGCGCGGCCAACUACCUGGAGCCUUGGAGAACAACAACCUUUGGUGGAAUGGCCCUGAGUUCCUCCAGAGAGUGAAAUACGACAUCGAUCCACCCGAAGAAGUACCAGAUCCGUUGCUGUCAGAGCUGAAACCAGUCAUCGUCACCGCAGCUGUGAGUAUGGAACCUUUCCCAUUUUUCUCCAGAUACAGCAGCUUCCGCAAAAUCCAACGUGUAAUGGGCUACGUCUUGCGAUUCGUUGGUAACUGCCGUAUGAAGAACCUUGCCGAGCGGAAGACAAACCAUCACCUGAUGAUACCGGAACUGCGACAGGCAACUGAAGCUAUAAUCCACGUGGUUCAGUUCGUUUAUUUGGCGGACGAGAUUCAACGAGUUGUUGCCCACGAACCCUGCAAGAAGUUGGCAAACCUGCGUCCUAUCUAUACCGAUGGUCUACUUCGUGUGGGCGGUCGAAUCGAUCGCUCACAACUACCGUUUGAGAGCCGUCAUCCCAUCAUCUUACCAGACAAGGACCCGGUGGUACGCCUUUUGAUUCGACAGAUGCACGUCGAACAGCUUCACGUCGGGCAGUCUGGCCUGAUGAACGCCAUGAGACAACGAUAUUGGCUUCUGAACGCUCGCUCCACCAUCCGGCAAAUUACACGUAAGUGUGUGAGAUGCUUCCGGAUUAAUCCAACCAAUACCAGCCAACUGAUGGGAAACCUGCCAGCAUCGAGAGUGGUACCAUCGCCCCCAUUUGCCGUGACCGGAGUGGACUACGCCGGGCCUUUCCUGAUUAAGCAAGGUGUGCGCCGUCCUGCUCUAGUGAAAUCAUAUGCGGCCGUCUUUGUUUGUAUGACCACCAAGGCCGUCCACCUAGAAGCGGUUUCCGACUUAAGCACCGAUGCUUUCUGGCGUCCCUGAAGCGAUUCCUUGGACGACGAGGAAUGAUCCAACAGCUGCACUCGGAUAAUGCAACCAACUUCCGAGGUGCCAACAAUGAACUGAACGCCUUGUUCCAACAGUUCCGGGAUCAGCAAGCCGUUAACACCAUCGAGAAAUUCUGCCGCAACCGUGAGAUCGAGUGGCACUUCAUCCCACCGGACGCACCCGAAUUCGGUGGCCUUUGGGAGGCCGCAGUCAAGUCUGCCAAGAGCCAUCUAAAGCGUAUUGUCGGCAACGUAAAGCUCACGUUCGAGGAGCUAUCCACCGUUCUGGUAGAAAUCGAAGCUGUGCUAAAUUCUCGACCACUUUUCACCAUCUCCAACGACCCGGCAGACCCACUGGUGAUCACGCCAGCCCACUAUCUGAUUGGACGCCCUCUCACUGCCAUACCCGAGCCAUCCUUGGAAGACGUCAAGGCAGCACGUCUAACUAGAUGGCAACACCUGCAACUUAUGCGCGAACAUUUCUGGCGCGCUUGGAGUCGCGACUAUCUGAACACCCUACAACCCAGAAAGAAGAAUCUUCGAACUACGCCGAACAUCCGUGAAAACAUGGUUGUUCUGCUCCACGAUCGAAACCAACCCCCACUCAACUGGAAGUUGGGUCGCAUCAUAGCCGUAUAUCCAGGCGAUGACGGUUUGGUCCGAACUGUCGAUAUCGUUGCAGGGGGUUCCAGCUACAGACACCCUAUCAACAAGAUAUCGGUACUGCCUAUCGAAGAUAACGUACAACCUCCUGGUAAUUGUUGAGUUACCUCAACCGGGGGGAGUAUGUUCCGUCUCCGCCGAAAGUGAACCAACCAUCUUGACAAUCGCCGCUGACGAACAGCGACAAACAACACUAACCAAUCAGCGACGUCCAUAUCACCAUGCGCAGACAGCGCGCUCCUAUAAAAGUGGCACCCAUUAGGCAAACUGACAUUCACUGGAGAUCAUUAGCUGCUUGAACGUCAAGCAGUACAGUUCGGUCUUUGCUCGCUCUGUCGAGUUGUUCGAUUAACCUAUAGUUUGUUACAAACGUUCGCAGAUAUACUGCACGUCGCGUCGUCAGUAGUGUCGGUCGCAUAGCGUGAUGGGAAGACAGCGCUCUCGGAGCCGACUUCGUGAACAAGCGGAGAAGAAGAACAGUGGUGAGGGUAGCUCGGUACCUACCUCGAAUAGGUACGCUACUCUGCCCACCGAUGUUGGAAAUACCAACCCAGUCCCGGUGAAGCGGACGAAAAAGAGGAAGAAGAACCAAGGUCAGUCCGAUGGUACGAGCGGACGCGACGAACGCCAGCGACAUCGGUGAUUUCGGCGACGCCGUCGAAACCGAGAAUUCUGCCGGCCCGAGUGCGGCGAAAAUCAAGCUUCCUCCACUGGUGGUGAAGGUAGUGCCACUCAAGACGCUCAUUGGCGAUUUCGCAUCGCUGGGCAUCGCAGCUGAGUACAAGAUCAGCAGGAUCGGCACUAAGGUGAU